UAGCCCUGCGGCCACACUGUUCGCAUAGCGUCAUUGCUGUACUAAAACCUAAAAAUCCGCCGUGUUCGUAUUCCGCCAUUUUGAAAGCUGCGAGUGGAAUUUGGACGCGUUGCUGGAUUCUCGAUUUCAAUAUGAAGCGCCAAAAAUGAUUGCAGCGUUUGCAUCGUAGUCUUGAAAAGGUUUUUUUCAUUGAUUUAAUUAGAGCCACUGAAAGCGGUUGGCCAUCCAGAGAAGCGAGCGACCAGGGAUAAAGGAAUUCCCCACAAGUCUGCGCCCAGCGCCCCCUUAACGCGGUAACCACUGACAGAGAAUCAAAAGAGGAACCACAGCCGGAAAAGGCCAGAGGUUUAAUUGUUACGACGACGACGAAGAAGAGCAGAGGACAGCAGCAGACAGAUUCGGAUACAGAAACAGCGAAAUGGACAAAAAUCUGAUGAUGCCGAAGCGUUCGCGCAUCGAUGUCAAGGGCAGCUUUGCCAAUGGGCCGCUGCAAGCACGCCCACUGGUGGCCCUGCUCGAUGGACGCGACUGCUCCAUCGAGAUGCCCAUCCUAAAGGAUGUGGCCACGGUGGCCUUCUGCGAUGCACAGAGCACCUCCGAAAUACACGAGAAGGUCCUCAACGAGGCAGUGGGCGCCCUGAUGUGGCACACCAUCAUCUUGACAAAGGAGGAUCUUGAGAAGUUCAAAGCUUUACGCAUCAUCGUGCGCAUCGGCAGCGGCACAGACAACAUCGACGUGAAGGCGGCGGGCGAACUGGGCAUCGCAGUGUGCAAUGUUCCCGGCUACGGAGUCGAGGAGGUGGCGGACACGACAAUGUGCCUGAUCCUCAACCUCUACCGGCGGACGUACUGGCUUGCGAAUAUGGUGCGCGAGGGCAAAAAGUUCACCGGGCCCGAGCAAGUGCGGGAAGCAGCGCAUGGCUGUGCACGCAUCCGCGGCGACACCUUGGGCUUGGUUGGACUGGGACGCAUCGGGAGCGCCGUGGCCCUGCGGGCAAAGGCGUUCGGCUUCAACGUCAUCUUCUACGAUCCCUACCUGCCCGACGGCAUCGACAAGUCGCUGGGCCUCACUCGCGUCUACACACUGCAGGACCUGCUUUUCCAGUCCGACUGCGUCUCACUGCAUUGCACGCUCAACGAGCACAACCAUCAUUUAAUCAAUGAAUUCACAAUUAAACAGAUGCGACCUGGUGCAUUUCUGGUGAACACCGCACGCGGCGGUCUGGUCGAUGACGAGACCCUGGCGUUGGCGCUGAAGCAGGGAAGGAUAAGAGCUGCCGCCCUGGACGUUCACGAAAACGAACCUUACAAUGGCGCACUGAAGGAUGCCCCAAAUCUGAUUUGCACACCGCACGCCGCCUUCUUCAGUGAUGCAUCCGCCACGGAGCUGCGCGAAAUGGCAGCCACCGAAAUCCGGCGGGCGAUCGUCGGCAAUAUUCCAGACGUGCUGAGGAACUGCGUCAACAAGGAGUACUUCAUGCGCACGCCGCCUGCCGCUGCCGCCGCGGGCGUGGCGACGGCUGUUUAUCCCGAAGGUAAACUACAAAUGAUAUCAAAUCAAGAAAAGUAGAGAGACAGAGACAGGCGAGCGAGGGAGCGUUAUUACAAGUAAAAACAAAACAAAUCGAAACAAAAUACAAAAAAUACAACAAAAAAAAAAAAAAAAACAUAAGAAAUCAACCAACAAAAUCCAAGCAAAAAUGCAAUACCAGAAAUCGUUUAAACACACAUACCUUACACACACACACACCAUAUACCAUACCACACCCACACAAGCACACGCACACAGAUGUAGCAAGCAUCCAAACAUACUUCUAUUCUUUCUCUGACUCAUUCGAAAGUAUAUAUAUAUAGACGACGGGAGUGGAGCGCGCCAGAGAGAGUAUAUAACAUUUGAAAGCAAGAUUCAAGAACCCACGCUAUAAGAGUUGAUAAAUAAGUUACACAGUUUAAGCUAUACAAAUAUAUAGAUCUAUAUACAACAUAUAUAUGUAUAGUGGCUAAGCGCUGCACCAAGAUCAGAAUGUUUGACGUCGAUGAGGAGGAUAGAACGCAGCCGAUGUUGGCCAAAAGUUACCUUUAUUCAAUAUGUAUCUGUGUAUGUAUAUGCAAUGUUUUGGCUCUGUUGAUGAUGAAAAAAGGCUUCAAAAACCUUGAAGAUUUCAUUGAGUUCCCAAACUCCUUCGUUUUGUUCAACUUCUUUUUAAAAAUUCAAUUUGCCUCAAAAUUUAACGUUUACAUGUGGCCAACUAUCUUCACUUUAGUCUACAACAAUUACGUGCAUAUAUAGAGACAUAAAAUACAUAUUAAUGAAUAAGUUGCAAGAUAAUUUACACAUGAAAACAAGGUGAAAGUAAACAAUAUGAUGGAUUAUUGUUGUUGAUGUUUCGCGACCUCCCUUCAUCCCUCCCAAAAAAAAAACCCUCACAUGUGUCCGGCUUUAACUUUAACGGAAACUAGAAACAAUCAGCGGAAAGUAUGUAAAGUAAUUUUGUUCAGUGUAUUUAGCCAUGUAUUCAAUGUAUUUACAAAUUAAUAUUAUUAUGGAAAACCAAGCAAAUGAUUCCAAUAUGAGUAACUCCCCACGUCAAAACAUUUUGUAAGCUUAAGAAUAAAAUUGGUUACCUUAUUUUGCGCCAUUCAUUGCUGACUUUCAAUUGUUAAAUGGUUCGAAUAAGAUACGAAAUAAACACCCCAGAGGACAAAGUGUUUAACUGAAAUUACUAUUCUGUUGCUCAAGCUCUGCUCUAUAUUACAAAAUGAUCUCAUCAUUCAAGUUUAUUUUCGCCUUACGUACAUUCUUGUAUUUUCGAUUGGCUACAACAAACAAGCAAACAGCAAGAAAGUUAAUAACUAAACUAUAUAUAUAUUUAAUAGAUGACAACUCGGCGCGUUAGAUUCAACCACAUCUAUAAAUAGAAAGAAGAAAAACUACAAUUAAAUUAACGCAUAGUCUAUGUACAUUUAAAAUAUAACAGAAAUUAUAUUAAAAGCAAAACCAGCAAGAAACAACAAAUUGCUAAAAAGAAACAAAACAAAAAAAGAUAAUACAUGUAAUAUUAAUGAACCUAGAUUUACCUUAACGAUAAAGGCAGCUGAACGGCGAUGAUAACAAGGAUAUGAUCGUCAGCGAGCGGCACAAUUAAACAUUGUUAGCGUGUAAAUUGUAAUUUUAUUUAACGAGAAUAUAUAUUUACAUGUAAACGGAA